AUGGCUUCCGAAAAGAAAGAAAAGCUGGAAGCGCAAAUCAAGGCCGUUGAUAUGACGGAAGAGAUGCAGCAAGAGGCUAUCGAAGUUGCUACGGAGGCGAUGGACAAAUUUCAUAUUGAGAAGGAUAUUGCCCAGUACAUAAAGAAAGAAUUCGAUCAGCGCAAGGGAGCAACAUGGCAUUGUGUAGUAGGGAGGAACUUCGGAAGCUUUGUUACGCAUGAGACGAAACACUUUAUCUACUUCUAUCUCGGACACUGCGCAAUCCUGCUUUUCAAGACCCAAUAA